GGCUGGAGGAAGCAGCAAAAAGCAGAUGUGGCUGCACCAAACCCGCACUGUCCUCGACUCGCACCCGCUGGGAGCCCCUGACAGCAGCGGCCGAGAGGAGCCCCAGGUCCAGGCAUGCAGAUUCCAGUGGUUCUCCUUUUCCUGGGCCUCUUAACUGUCCCAAGCAGAACCCAGAACUCAGCUACUGAGCAGAACUCUGCCACAGCUGAUGGAGCCAAUGCUGGCGAGGAAGAGGAAGAUCCAUUCUACAAGAGCCCUGUGAACAAGCUGGCAGCUGCAGUCUCCAACUUUGGCUACGACCUGUACCGCCAGCAGUCCAGCCGGACAGCCACCGCCAACGUGCUGCUGUCUCCCUUCAGCCUGGCUACUGCACUUUCUAGUCUCUCACUUGGGGCUGGAGAACGAACUGAAAAUGUGAUUUCUCGCGCCCUCUUCUACGAUCUCCUCAACAAAGCUGAGGUCCACGACACCUACAAGGACCUCCUGAGCAGUGUGGCUGGGCCAGAGAAGAGCAUGAAAAGUGCCUCCCGGAUCAUCUUGGAGAAAAGACUCAGGGCAAGGCCUGGGUUUCACAGCCAGCUCGAGAAGUCCUACAAGAUGCGACCGAGGGCACUGAGUGGUAACACCCAGUUAGACCUCCAAGAAAUCAACAGCUGGGUCCGACAGCAGACUAAGGGAAGGAUUAUGAGGUUCAUGAAGGACAUGCCCACAGAUGUCAGCAUUCUCCUUGCUGGGGCUGCUUUCUUCAAGGGGACAUGGAAAACCAAGUUUGACACCAAGAAGACUGCCCUGAAGGACUUCCACCUGGAUGAGGACAGAACUGUGAAGGUGUCCAUGAUGUCAGACCCCAAAGCCAUCCUGAGAUAUGGUUUUGACUCAGAACUCAACUGCAAGAUUGCCCAGCUGCCCCUGACAGAGGGGAUCAGUGCCAUGUUCUUCCUGCCCACAAAGGUGACCCAGAACAUGACUCUGAUUGAGGAAAGUCUCACCUCAGAGUUUGUGCACGAUGUGGACAAGGAGCUGAAGACGGUCCACGCUGUGCUAAGCCUGCCCAAACUAAAGCUGAACUACGAAGAGGCACUUGGCAGCACACUAAAGGAGACAAGGCUCCAAUCACUUUUCACAUCACCUGACUUCUCCAAGAUUUCUGCCAAACCUCUGAGAUUAUCUCAUGUGCAACACAAGGCAAUGCUGGAGCUUAGUGAGGAUGGGGAAAGAUCCACACCAAACCUCGAGGCCAAUGCUGCUCGUCUGACCUUCCCCAUAGAAUACCACGUGGACAAACCUUUCCUUCUUGUACUGAGGGAUGAUACCACUGGAACCCUCCUCUUCAUUGGCAAGAUCCUGGAUCCCAGGGGUGUUUAGAUCCCUGCACAAUAAUCUGCAAUGGUAGGGCCCAAAUGGAAAGGGUGAUAUUGGGAGGGAUAUUGGCUCCCUGCUCUGCUGCACAAAGACACAACUUGCAAAUCUUACGCCUUCAUGCUGCAAUAAAAGAGCUUUUGCUAUUAA